GAAGACUUCCAUUACUCCAAGCAAGAGAAGGUGAAAAGGAAAAAGAAAAUUAGAGGCACCUAUCUAGGGUUUCUUGGAUCUCUCCUUCCUUUCUCGCUGCGAAUUCGCCUUCGCCCAAUUGAAAAGCGAUCAACUAAACUAGACAGAAAAUAGGCUUCUUUUUAAGAGUUUGCGGUACCGGAAGUCGGCGAUUUGAUUGCUAAAAAGCGGUUGAAUUUUUUAAGAUAUAUCUAUAUAUUUGAGAAUCCAACCGAAUCGAAUUUAUUUGAUUUGUAAAAAUGGGAGGAUCGCAGAAAUCGAAAACGGUUACUUGGGCUUCAGAUCUUAAUCUUUGUCAGGUAAAACUGUUUUUGUCAGAAGAGUCUCCUUCACAAGUUGGAAUGGGAAGUGAAGACCAUCUCCAGGCAAAGGCGUUAUGGUCACUCCAGUCAGGUGGUAUUGGGCUUGAUGACAGUUUGCCUCCAGGCUUUGAAGAAAUCCAGCCUGCAAAUUUGUGGAGACUCAAGUUAUCUCAAAUACCCUUGAUGAAAUGGAGGUGCCCUCCCAGAUCUGAAGUAAAUAGUGAAUGGCGAGUCGUUGCUGGUGAAGAGAGCGAACAAAUGAAAGCCCAGAAUCAACGUGAGAUGAGAGUAUUGGAAGCAAUUUAUCCUCGUCCAUCGGCUAUCCCCCCAAACCCUGCUGUAUCAGUGGAUGUGCAAGACUCAAUUGAUAGUGACCUAAAUACCCCUCUAAUUCCCGUCACACCAAUUGAAGACGAUGAUGCUGCAACGGAUGCAUCACUUGGCUCCCUGACAACAAAUGCUAAUCCCAUGAUCUCACAACCCCAGCAUUUACUGGGUGGAUUGUUUUCUUCUCAAUGCAAUGGUAGUAUCAAUCCUUUUAACAAUCGAAAUUCAGCAACUGUUAUGGAGCCAGGUAUUCUAGCAGCUGCCCAAGCUGCCUUGUCCUCCAUCAUCUCAAAGAGUUCUAACAGUGAACAAGGAAGUUUGAUUGAUAGUGACUUGCUCAUAAAAAUUCUGAGUGACCCGGAAACCAUUGGGCAACUCGUUUCAAGUCACAGUGCAUCCUCCAGUGCCCAAAACGGCCCCCCUUCCAGCAUGCACAGUACACCAUCUCCUAGCAUUCGGAGUAUGCCAACCAUUGGAGUGCAAGAAGUUACACAAAAUAUGCCAUCCACCAGCACACAGUAUAUGCCCAAUUCAAGGUCACUGCCUCAGAGUCCAUUCAAUCCAGUCAACAUAAGAAGAGAUCUACCCUCUGCUCACUCUUCGGCAAAUGGGCCUUCUUAUCCUCCUCAAACAAGAACAGGAUCCAUUCCUGAUUUACGGCCAUCCAUACCAGAUGUGAUUUCAGCACGGGCGCCCUCUCCUUCUCCAAGAGCAAUUCCUGUGAUGAAGGAUAUUAACUAUUAUAAGAGCCUUGUUCAGCAACAUGGAGCAGAAAGGCGAGACAUUUUGCCACAAUUUGCUCAUCAAAGCAACCAAUCAAUGGGAACAAGUCGAGAACCUUCAAACUUUAUAAAACCAAGAGAAUCAAAACCAAGGAUAACAAAACCCUGCCUUUUCUUCAAUAGUUCCAGGGGCUGCAGGAAUGGAGUUAAUUGUGCCUAUCAGCACGAUACAUCCUCCCAACAAAGGGUCAAUGGUAUUCCGGAGGUUCAUGGAGCAAAGAGAGUGAAAUUGGAUAGAGGGAUCACCGGUACAUAAUUGUGGAAUUGGGAUAUAUGAAUUCUUUGUUUACAACGGCUUAUUCCCAGCUUUUUUCUUUGUCUUCGCAGUCGAAAUAAUUUUAAUUUUUUUCCUUGUGUUUUUUGGGUUUUUUCAUUCUUAAUCCAAUUUAUGGGUGUUAGGUUACAUUUUCUCUCUUUGAAGUCCAAAAAUUACACCAACCAAAUAGAGUUUGAGCUUCAAAUUACAGAGGGAACAAAAUAUAUGAACCGUGAAUAUUUGC